GAUCAUGUGACCAGAGAUGCCCAAUCCUGAAUGGGUUUGCUCUAACAGCAAAACAUCUGUCUCUGCUGCCUCAGCCAAUCAGGGUGGCUUUUACUGCUUGUCUGCUGUGUGUUUCUUUUUUUUUUUCUGCCUGUGUGAGAGGAAGUGUGCCCUUCCUGCCAGGGGGAGGGUCUUGGAUUAACUCGACGUUGUCUGCCUCACACCAAACAGUCAGGUGAUGAAUCGCUGCUGAAGAAUACAUUGAAGCCAGGCUGAAGGCUGCUGUGGUUCAUUUUGGCACACCACAUUUGAGAAUCAAAGGAGGAGGAUUCUUUUUUUCUUUUUUUUCCCCUCCUCUAACCAUGUGGAGGAGGGAGGAAAUAAUGCUAGCUUCACUAGAGCUGGUAGUUUAGUGCUGUGGGAAGGGGAAAAGAUCAAAUAACGCAAGCAGGGGGGAAACGGAGCUUGUGUCAGGCAAAAUGGCCUGAGAGAUGCUUCAAGCUUUGAUGCAGCAUGUUCGUUGGAGCGAGGUGCCCUGAGGCAGAGACGGGAUUUGUUCCAAGUGUUCAAGACUUUGACAAGAAGCUCUCUGAAGCCGACGCCUACCUACAGAUUCUGAUCGACCAGUUAAAGCUGUUUGAUGAGAAGAUCAAAGACUGCAAAGAGGAUGAAUCGCGCAGAAAAAUAGAAAAUUUGAAAGAGACUACUUGUAGUAUGGUAGAGUCCAUCAAGCACUGUAUCGUUCUGCUGCAGAUUGCCAAGGACCAAAGUAACGAACAACAACACGCAAACGGACUUAUAAGCACCAUAAACCCAGUGGAUGGGAUCUACCAGCCUCCACUGGAGACCCCUGUAGUCAACACCACAAUGCCAACACAGACCACACUACCCACAGACGCUUCUCAGGUGUGUAAAUCAGACCAACGACCCUCCACGUUACCAGUUGGUCCCGUGGUCACAGUGAUGGGCAGUCUGCAGACCCCAACUCCCAAUAGCACAGGGAGUGGUCCUUCAGGCCCCAGCAGUGGCGUUGCCUCUCCAGCUCACAUCCCUCUGCCCCCACACUCAGUGCCAGAUUUCUCCUACUCUUCUAGCGAGGAUGAGUUCUAUGACGCUGAUGAGUUUUACCAGAGCAACACUUCGCCCAAACACAGCGUAGAACCCUCAGGACAGCCCUCCGCAAAGCCCGCCGCUAAUGAAGAAACUGCAUUGAAACGACCCAAUACCACCGAAUCCCUCACCUCAUCCAUGUCCAAUGGCACCACAGACGCAGAUCAGUUUGAUAGCCAUGACGACCGUGAUGAUGAUGGUGAGGGGGAGUCUGUGGAAGAGCACAAAAGCGUCAUCAUGCAUCUGCUCUCUCAAGUUCGCUUGGGGAUGGACCUCACGAAAGUGGUCCUGCCCACCUUCAUCUUAGAGAGGAGAUCGUUGUUAGAAAUGUACGCGGACUUCUUUGCACAUCCAGAUUUAUUCGUAAGUAUCGCUGACCAGCUAGAGCCCAGAGAGCGCAUGGUUCAGGUGGUGAAGUGGUACCUGUCAGCCUUCCACGCUGGGAGGAAAGGCUCGGUGGCCAAGAAACCGUAUAAUCCAAUUCUGGGCGAAGUCUUCUUCUGCCACUGGGAUCUUCCCAACGAGACAGACGAGCCUCCUCCACAUACGGAGACAGUGUCAGACGGUCCGGUUCCCUGGUCUUCGUCCAACAGUGUGAAUUUUGUGGCAGAGCAGGUCUCUCACCACCCACCCAUUUCUGCAUUCUACGCAGAGUGUUUGAAUAAGAAGAUCCAGUUUAACGCUCACAUCUGGACUAAGUCGAAGUUUCUUGGCAUGUCGAUAGGUGUGCACAACAUCGGUCAAGGUUGUGUUUCAUGUUUGGAGUAUGAUGAGCAUUACAUUCUCACCUUCCCGAAUGGAUACGGCAGAUCCAUUCUAACGGUGCCAUGGGUGGAGCUGGGUGGAGAGUGCAACAUCUCCUGCUCCAAGUCAGGCUACAGCGCCAACAUCGUUUUCCACACCAAACCCUUCUACGGCGGGAAGAAGCACAGAAUCACAGCUGAGAUUUUCGCACCAAAUGACAAGAAGUCUUUCUGCUCCAUUGAAGGAGAAUGGAAUGGAGUGAUGUACGCCAAGUGGGCGACUGGAGAGAACACACUGUUUAUAGACACUAAGAAAAUGGGCAUCAUUAAAAAGAAAGUGAGAAAGCUGGAGGACCAGCUCGAGUAUGAAUCCAGAAGACUAUGGAGGGAUGUGACGCUGAACCUGAAGCUGAAAGACAUCGAAGCUGCGACAGAAGCCAAGCACCGUUUGGAGGAGAAACAAAGAGCCGAAGCCAGAGAGAGGAAAGAGAAGGAGCAGCAGUGGGAGACGAGGCUUUUCCAUGAAGAUGGCGAAUGUUGGGUCUAUGAUGAGCCGCUAUUAAAGAGAUUAGCUUCUCAGAGGCACUGAGGAGACACCGGCCCGCUGAUGAACACAAACAAGUGCAUAAAGAAAUGCGCACAGACAAGAGUCUUUAUAAGAACUCUUUGACAAAAAACACUUCUUAUCCAAGCCUUGGGAUGAUUGAUUGAAUAUGUACACUGCUUUGCAUUUGACUGUAACAAAAAAAGAAGAAAAAAACUGAAUGAAAGCAUCAAAGAUGUAACCUGAAUAUUAGUAAAUCUUUUCUUUUUCUUUGGGCGAUUUCACCUCCGCUGGCCUCCGACACCGACCACCUGACAACAUGAGACUGCAGCGCAGAAAUGAGACGUCUCCCUGCUUCAUCCAUCAGUUCCACCACCUCACCCUUUCAACAGCUACACGACAUGAUCCAGAGCAGCACUUGUUUUCCUUUGUUAUUUCAGGGGGGAGGCAAGAUGUUUGUAGAUGAUGGUGUACAAUUUAAGUAAAGCUCGGCAACAAAACGAAAUCAAAAACAGCGCUCUACAUCUCAGGGAAUCUGGUGACUGAGGAAAGAAAGCUGCUGGCCCCUCCCACAGUCUGACAGCCUUACAACAGUGGAGCAGAUGAAUGUUGGACAGAGAGCUUCUCUGCUCACCUGCAACUGAUGUUUAUAUAUAAAUAUACAUAAGAUUGAAAGAUAAGUAUAUAUUCUUUUUUUUAAAGCUUUUUUUCUUUUUGGCAAUAGUGUAAAAUAACUGGGAGUAUACACUUGAUGGUUUUAAGUCUUUAAGGGUCAUUCCAUUCAGCCUUUUGAUGUUUUCAUUUCAGAGGAAACGUUGCCACCUUUGUGGUCCUUCACAUCAGUUUGUGUCUUAAGUGUUAUCCAGAAGCAAAACCCUACAUGAGCCAUGGCAUCUAAACAAAAAUCAGGAGUGGUGAUAUUUAAAUAUAUGCAAAUCAGUUUCAGUGUCAGUUAUGCCAAAAUAAAUGUUUGAAGAAAAGGUUAAAUGGAUUUUUUUUUUCUGAGCUGGACAGCCAACAAACAAUCCUCUCAUGAGGGAUUCACAAUACCUGAGGGCAUUUAUGAACAAAGUGAUUGUUUACAUGUUUUAGUUUUACAGCACAACCAGUCUGUGAUGAGCAUUGACGGCUACAAUAGUCCAUGAAGUUUUUUUUUUUCUGCACAUCGUUCUUGUUUCUUUUCUUGUGUUGAUGGAUGGACGGGGUGUCCACCGUCACACAGCCAGAGUGGACAUUUUGGAACACUGCUGUUAUUUCAGAGUGCCGCUACAGUUUUUAUUAUUUUUUUACAGCAACAGUUUGGAUCAAAAUCCAAUGAAAUUUGUGAUCAAUGAUUUAAAAAAGGUGAUUAACCUCACGAUGCCAUUAAGCUCAAAACUAUUCCUUUUCUUAUCAAUUUUAGUUUAGAUUUGAUUGUUUAUUGCCCAUUAAUGAUAAUUACUUUAUAAAUUAAGAUCUUUUGAAUUAAAUCUGAUGAAGAUGCCGCUUAUGAUCUACAGAUAUACAUGUUAAAAAUCUCUUAUUCGUAGCGUUUUACUUUAUCUUUUCUAUAGAUGCAAGCUAAAGUGCUUUUGAAAUGGUCCAAAUGAAAUGGAACUAAAUUUGAAACCAGAUCUUUGUUUUUUUUUCUCUCUGUAAUUUGUCUUUUGUAUGGCCUUUUAAAAGGAGGCCUUGCCAUUCAUUUCAGUUUCUCAGUAUUGCCUGAUAGAGAGCAAUCAAAACAAAUGUAUUUUUUAUUUUCAUCAUAACCAUUGAUUGUAUCCAGUUCUCCUGUUUAUUGAUGCAUAAUAUUAAAUCUCCAUGAGUUAAUUCCCAA